AAGCAACAAACAAUCAAAAAGAGGGGUUCAUCUUCUCGAGAAAUCUUUCGGAUUUUGUGGUCGUUGGCUCCGUAGGUUUUCGAUCUUGUUCCGACAGUUGCCUGAGAUUAUCUGCAAUAAUGGCGACAGAGCCGAAGGCGGCGACUGAAGACGUCAAGAUGGAUUUGUUCGAGGAUGAUGACGAGUUUGAGGAAUUCGAAAUCGACGAAGAUUGGGAGGAGAAGGGGGAGGACGUGAAGGAAAUGACACAGCAGUGGGAAGACGAUUGGGAUGAUGACGAUGUCAACGACGACUUCUCUCUUCAGUUGAGGAAAGAACUAGAGAGCAACACCGGAAAGAACUGAGGUCUGCUUCUUGUUAUUAUAUCUCUCUCUCCUUUCAUCCUUAAUACCUUUUACCGAUCUUGAACAUUGGCCAAAACUCUACUCUCUAGGAGUCGGUUGGUUAAUCGGUUCUCGUGUUCAUCUGUUCGUGGCGUGCUACGGUUUUCCUGGGUAUGUUUUAUAUUAUCUAAGAUGGUGAUUCUUGUUAGUUAUUUGAGGGCUGAAUACAAUCCCAUUGAACUUUUGAUCAUUUGAGAUGAAGAAUACAGUCUUAUUGAACUCGUUCA